CAUAUGAUCAACCGGAAGUAAUAAUUUGGGUCAAACAUGGACGUAGGAGAACUGUUAUCAUACCAGCCUGACAAACCAAUUGCCAACCUAAAGAAGAGAAGAGAUGACGAUCGUCCUGAAUAUGAUGUCCCUCGAAAGAGGAGGAUGGGAGACGAUGAUGACCCUGAACGAAUCCUAGAGAUGGCUGAUGAUGACCUUCCAACUGAUGUCUUGGAUGAGACAAAUCUGAAGAAAAUGUUGCUGCAGUUUGAAAAGAAAGUAUACCGAAAUCAGGAAAUGAGGAUAAAAUUUCCGGACCUGCCUGAAAAGUUUAUGGAGUCUGAGAUUGAGCUGAAUGACAUCAUACAGGAGAUGCAUGUGAUUGCCACAGUGCCAGACCUUUACCAUGUGCUGGUGGAGUUAAACACAGUGCAGUCACUGUUGCAGCUGCUCACACAUGAAAACACAGAUAUUGCAAUAGCUGUGGUUGACCUGAUCCAGGAACUGACCGACGUUGACACCCUCAAUGAGAGCGAAGAGGGUGCAGGUGCUGUAGUAGAUGUGUUGUUGGAAGGGCAAGUGGUGGCAGUUCUGGUUCAGAAUCUUGAUCGACUUGAUGAGAACGUGAAGGAGGAGAGUGAUGGUGUGCAUAACACUCUAGCUAUAGUGGAGAAUGUCACCGAGUUUCGAACUGAAGUGACCACAGAGGCAGCCCAGCAAGGCCUCCUGCAGUGGCUGCUGAAGAGAGUCAGGGCUAAAAUGCCAUUUGAUGGGAACAAAUUGUACUCAAGUGAAAUACUGGCAAUACUGCUGCAAAAUUCUGAUGAAAACCGACAGUUACUGGGAGACAUUGAUGGCAUCGAUGUCCUGCUUCAGCAGCUGGCUGCCUACAAGAAGCAUGAUCCUAACACUAAAGAUGAGAUUGAGUACAUGGAGAACAUGUUCAACUGUCUGUGCUCGUCCCUCAUGCUGCCGGCCAACAGAGUCAAGUUCCUCAAGGGUGAAGGUCUGCAGUUGAUGAAUCUCAUGUUGAGAGAAAAGAAGUUAUCCAGGAACAGUGCUAUCAAGGUGUUGAAUCAUGCCAUGACAGGGAACGAGGGUUUGGACAACUGUCAGAAGUUUGUGGACAUCUUGGGGCUACGAACUGUCUUUCCCCUCUUCAUGAAGACGCCGAAACUGGCUAAGGCUGGUCCUACACCUGACGAGCUUGAGGAACACAUCAGCUCUGUGAUUGGUUCAUUGUUACGGAACUGUUCUGGGCCACAGAGGCAGAGACUACUCAACAAAUUUACUGAAAAUGAUCAUGAAAAGGUAGAACGACUACUUGAACUCCACUUCAAGUACCUUGAUAAAGUGCGGACUUGUGAUGAACAGAUUGAAAAAGAAAAAAAGAGACUGAGGCAGACAGGCGAGGACAUCGAUGACACAGCUGAGGAAGUGUUUUAUCUGAAGAGACUGGAUGUGGGACUGUUCACCUUACAACUCAUUGACUACAUCAUGCUGGAGAUCUGUGCUACAGGGGCACCAUCAAUUCGACAAAGAGUUAUGCAAAUUCUGAACAUGAGGGGAGGUUCUAUAAAGGUGAUCAGGAACAUCAUGAGAGAAUAUGCGGGUAAUAUUGGAGAUGCUAAAGAUGAGGAGCUGAGAGAAACAGAACAGAACAGGAUUAUUCAGCUGGUUGACAAAUUCUAACUCAGAUGAAAAUCCAAGGUCAUACCUUGUUACAAUGGUGACAUGCUCUGCCUGAAAUGGACAAUGAGAUCACAUCCAGCAGAUGCAACAACACCCAUGAAGACUAAGUGUGUUCAGAGACCUGCAAGACCAACCAUGACAGAUCAGUCAUGGGAUGUGAUACACAGGCCUACCGAAGAAAACUUUCCCACUGUGCAGAAAUACGCAGAAAAGCCCACAUUCAUCGUGGAAAUAGCAACAUAAACACAUUACCUUGCUACUGAAACAGUGAAAACGGCAAUGAAAAACUAUGAA